AUGGCCAAGUCCAAGAACCACACCACAUACAACCAGUCCCACAAAUGGCACAGAAAUGGCAUCAAGAAACCCUGGUCACAAAGAUAUGAAUCUCUUAAGGGAGUUGACCCCAAGAUCCUGAGGAACAUGCACUUUGCCAAGAAGCACAAGAAAGGCCUGAAGAAGAUGCCGGCCAACAAUGCCAAGGCAGUGAGUGCACGUGCAGAAGCCAUUAAGGCCCUUGUGAAGCCUCAGGCCGUCAAACCCAAGAUGCCAAAGAGCCCCAGCUGCAAACUCAGCCAUCUGGCUUUCAAUGCUCACCCCAAGCUUGGGAAGCCGAUUCGAAGUCACAUGGCCCAAGAGCAAGUGGAAAGUUUGGAGCAGUAA